AUGGCCAGCAUGUCUCUCAUGCUCUUUACCUCAGCCAUCUUGCUUGUUGCACCAGUCCUGGCCAAGACAGACCUGGCAGGCUGCACGUAUUCCGACUCGGUUGUCACGCCGGCUGGCGGCUUCCCAUACGCUACACGGAUUUGGUUCGUCGAGGAUACCGGCGAGAUCUGCGAGUUCCUGGAUUGCGGAGGCGGCCGCGCGCCGCCCAAGACGACGGUACCCGGCUGCGGCUCGUAUGAGGGCACCGACACUUAUAGCCCACGCUUCCUCGCCCCCAGUACGACAUCGGUUGCGGCCGCAAGCACGGCUGAGGUCAUCUCUGAAGCGCCCACGACCAAAGCACCCUCUCUGGAACCGACGCCGAAGGCCCUGGCGUCGACCCAGUCAUCAAAGGCAUCUCAGGUGCUCUCGGGGUCCCAGACAUUUACAGCCGCUGUUACGACUGCAACGCCGACUUCAGCGUCGGAAACUGCCAGCGAAAGCGAAGGAACGGAGGCAGGCAGUCAGGCGUCCGCUACGGAGACGCCCAACGCGGCCAAUGCCGGAAGCAAGGGAAUCAUGGGGCUCCUUGCUGGAGCUGCCAUGGGCGCAGUACUGCUGUGA